AUGGUCAACCUCAACGUAUCACUAAUUCUUGUCGCCAUUGCCGUGGCACCAGUACUCGCCAACUACAGCUCCACGACUGCCGUGCGCGCCACAUCGAGCAACGUGAUUUCUCGCAACAGCGCUAAUUCUUCCAGGAUCAUCAAAGCUAUUUCUACUGAACACGGAGCCUGCAAGCAGGAUGCCGAGAUGCCUGAUUCGUGCGAUGGCAGCAAUGGCUGGUACCCACUGUCCGUUGUCGGACGAGAAGGAUACUACUGCACUCACGGUCCGAUCUGUACUGGAGAGUUUGGAAAUUGCCCUGGUCCGCACAAUGACCUUAUCUACGGAUCGACCUGUGUAUUCUUGACUGAAAGGAUGCAUGGAUGUGUCCCCAACACUGAAUGCCCGACGACCGGGUCCAAGGCGGACACACCGACAGCCUCCUCUAUAGCUGAUAAUUGUAUGAUUACUCCCGACACGCCUAGUCAUAAACUCUCACCUGUUAAAUCUGAAGACACAACGUAUACUCCCCCAGAGAACACUGGCCAACCAACUUUGCAAAUUGAAGUUCCGGUGACGGCACCGCCUACACUUGACGUUCAUAGCUCAAACUCUAAUGACGGUACCGCCGACGUCGACGGACCUGAGACGCAGUCAGUCAUCGAGGGAGAAUUCAAAGAAACACAGCGCAUUGUAGAUGCUGGCGCUAUAACGUAUGAAAUGACUUCCGAUCCGAAGGCUGAAUUCCCAGAUUCAGAGGAUGCGUCCGCAAGAAGCGAGACCCCAUACAAUAGAGAGUCAAGCGAGGGCCCUUUAGCUUCCACAAACACGAAAGACCUUGCUACUGUCGCUAGUGAGACCGAUGCGCCUGAUUCCGACGCGCCUGAGACCGAUGCGCCUGAGACUGAUGCGCCAGAGAUUGAAGCCCUCACGAUUAGUACCUUGAGUGCUCCUCGUCUUCGCCGCAACUAA